AUGGUUGCCCUAUUUCCGUGUUUCGGGAAUCAUGCCCCUUUCUGCGCCUUGGAAAGCGUGCCCUGUCUCGCAUUGGGAAACGUGCCCCUUUUGCACCUCGGGAAGCAUGCCCCUUUCGCACCUGGGGAAGGUUGGGGGUUGGGGGUUGGGGGUUGGGGGUUCGGGGUUGGGGGUUCGGGGUUCGGGGUUCGGGGUUCGGGGUUCCGGGUUCCGGGUUCCGGGGUUCCGGGGUUCCGGGGUUCCGGGGUUCCGGGGUUCCGGGAUUCCGGGGUUCCGGGGUUCCGGGGUUCCGGGGUUCCGUUCCGGGGUUCCGGGGUUCCGGGGUUCCGGGGUUCCGGGGUUCCGGGGUUCGGGGUUCGGGGUUCGGGGUUCGGGGUUCGGGGUUCGGGGUUCGGGGUUUCGGGGUCGGGGUUCCGGGGUUCCGGGGUUCCGGGGUUCCGGGGUUCCGGGGUUCCGGCGUUCCGGGGUUCCGUUCCGGGGUUCCGGGGUUCAGGGGUUCAGGGGUUAACCCCGGGGUUCGGGGGUUCGGGGGUUCGGGGGUUCGGGGUUCGGGGUGUUCGGGGGUUCGGGGUUCGGGGGUUCGGGGGUUUAGGGUUUAGGGUUUAG